GCUGCGGUGCCGUUGGGAGGGGGCAGUUGGUUGUUCAACGGCCACAGUGCGCGGCGCGAAGGGAGGAGGGGGGCUGCCGGUGGUGAGACUGAGCGGAGCCCAACUCGGAGCACGGUCCGGGCGCCGCACGGCCUCCUGAGGGAGGGGCUCGGCCCUUCAGGGGCUGGUCGCAGAGGCCCUCCCUUCACCCGCGGGCGGAUACCGUCCGCCCUUCACCCGCCCGCGGCCUCCCGCUCUCGUCUCUGGGACGGACUCCGGCCUUCCAAGGCGGUGGGGAGCUGUGGGCCAGUCUGUGCGCUGGUGCGCUUCAGCAGUGAAGGACUGUGCUCCACGUUCCUUGUGCUGUGGGCCUCGGCCAGAGGGCUGUUGUGAGGGCAGGAGUGGUUAUUUUGAACGUUUCUGCUAUCAACUCUGCAACACUGUGUGUUACAGUCUAUGGGCAUAAUAAAAUUUGUGUCGUGGUAGUUACUUGCUGAUAAGAUCAAGUUUAGUGGUAUUAUCAACUCUUGUAGGGGUCAUGCCUCUGAAAUGUGUGUCUGUAUAAAAUGGUGCAGGGAGGAUGACAUGGAAUGGUUUUGAUUGUUUCAGUUUAUGGAGAAAUUCCCCCUGUGGUUUCAUACUUUUGAUAGUAGUGCCGUUGAGACUCUAUGGUAACCUGACAUCUCCAUUUUACCCAAGUAACGUUAAAAUAAGCGUCCAGCCAUAAACUGUUCAUCUGUUACGCAGAAUGUGUAUGUUUCUGCUCUUGGGAAACUUAGCACUGCAAAGUAAAGCAUUUUAGUCCUGAUUCUGCCAACUUUAUUGAGGUGCCUCUGAUGAAAGUGCCUCUCAAGUCAGUAGAUUCUAUUUAUUCUCUUCUCUGCUACUUUGAUGGAUUAAAGAGUGACAUGACUGUUACUGUUUAGUAGCAAAACGGGAUGGUUGACAGAACAUAAACUUUAUUUUUUUUAUUAUACUUUCAGUGAAUGUGAUAAUAAUAUUAAAAUGCUAGUGGUGGCCAAGGUGCUUGCUUAUGUGUUUGGAUGUCCACUUUCUAUUGAUUAAGCUAAACUGUACUGGUAAUGGAAUUUUUUCUGAUAAUCUCUGUAUCACAGACUUGCUUAAGUUGUUAAGUAAGAGGAGUGCUUCAAAUACAGGUGUGAGGAGGUGGGAAAAUGUUUCCAUUCAUUACAGUACAGUGUAGCAAGUAAGUUGCUUACCAUACUUCUUGCUCUAAGUGCAUGGCCACUAAGAACACAGUACUGAAUCAUAACUGAAACUUGCUUGGAUGUAAUGCAUUUUUGCAGAAGUAAGACCUGCCAUGGCAUAUGGUAUCUCUGUAGUGACCUUAGAAUAUUUAGUCUGACCACAUGUGUUAGUGAUUGAAAGAUUAAGACCUUCACACCCAUUGCUAGGUCUCCGUGGAAGAUAAUAAAAACCAAUAACCUGCCAGUGCGCAAACUGUUUGGAAUCAGAGGUGCAGCUUUCCUGAAAGAGCAAAUGGCUGGAGUCUUAAGGGCACCUAAAUGACACUGGAAGUAGCAUCACUGAGAAAGCUGUGCCCUACCUUGUGUCCGUAUGUAGCAAUGAAGCAGAUUCAUACACAUUUAUUUCUGGUUUGAUAACAACAAGGUCUGCUGUCUGCUCUCAGCUUUAUUUUGUAUGUAUUUCAUAUUGUGUUGUAUGAGGAAGAAAUGGUUUGUGAUGAGGUUGCCCAGAGAGGUGGUAGAUGCCCCAUCCCUGGAGACAUUCAAGGCCAGGCCGGACGGGGCUCUGAGUUCAGAUCUAGUUGAAAAUGUCCCUGCUCAUGGCAGGGGAUUGGACUAAAUGACCUUUAAAGGUCCCUUCCAACCCCAGCCAUUCUGUUAUUAAAGAGGAUGAUAAUAAAAAAAACUGUAUAUGGAGGCUAUUCGAUAUUUAAACUCCAAAGACUCAGGAGUACCUUUAAAAGCUGUCAAUUUGCAAUACUCUUCUGAAUUCUACUUCAUUUUAUUUUUUCUUUUUGUAAGCACGUACAUUGUAAUGUAACGUUCUGGAGACAGUCUGUAAUUGGAAUGUCAGUAAUCAGCAGUGUGAAGAGCAGGAAAAAUGGCAUCCGUUUAAUUAAAACAUUGUGAAUUUCUUCAUUGUUUAACUGGGAAAGGAUUUGACUUUCAGGUAAAAUCAAAAUGAAAACAAAACAGGUUUUCUGAGAAUAAAGAAGAAAGCAAAGCUAGAUGAAGCUUGUUACCUCCAUUUUUCAUUGGAAGGUCCUUUAAAAUAAAAUGUUGCUGUGGUAGAGGAAACUGAUGCUGUAGUAAAGAGCACAUCUAACAUUGACGCUGUGACAAACUUCUUUGCAUUGAGACUUCUAGAAAUAAAAAUGGAGGUCAUCAACAGUUUUAAUUUUAUCGCACAGCUUUCUAUGGAACAUGUAAAUUGGUUUACUUGGCAUGCUAUUAAGUUCUAACACAGAAUUUGGAGACUUUCUUCUUCAAUAUUUUGGUAUUUCCUAAACCAAAAAUAGCCUUAUUCAUUUUUGAAUUAUUAAUUCCUAGCUAAUGUUUGCACGUGUGUCUUCUAAAAUAGAUUGGGUCAAAAUUGCUGUGUGUGUUAGAAAUCCCAUUUGAUAUAUAAACUUCACUAUUAAUGGUAGUCAGAUUUGUAGAUUCACAAAAUAUAGGUAAACCUCUAAUUCUUUAAACAGGUCUUGAAAAUUAUGUCUUCAAAUGACAGGAUGGUAAAAUAGAUUGAAUUUCUUCUUCAAAGCAGAAAUUAUACUACCAAAAUUGUUCCAGAAGUAGAGGUAUUGCAGCUGCUGCCACCUCAAUGAACUGCCGUCUGUAAACUCAACUGGUAACAGCCAUUUGCACCGUCAACGUUCAAGACUGAUUUCUCAAACUGCUGUGAAUUUUGGAGAUCAGCGAUGGGCAUUAAAGGUUUGCAGGGAUUUGUGGCAAGAGUUUGCCCUGAUGCAUGCAGAACAGUUGAUCUGAGAGAGAUGGCAGAAAAACAUCGCAUCGAUCAUCCUGAUUCCCCCCCUGUUAUUGUGGUAGAUGCCAUGAGUUGUGUUAAACACUGGUAUACACCAGAAUCCUGGGUGUGUGGUGGCCAGUGGCGAGAGUAUCUUGCCAUUUUAGAGGAUUUUAUUAAAGCUUUUAUGGCAGCUGGAAUCAAGUUGGUGUUUUACUUUGAUGGAGUGGUAGAAGAGAAAAAGUUAGAUGAGUGGAUCAAACGGAGGUUUCAGAAUAAUAAGGAAAUAGCCAGAAUAUUUCAGUUUAUCAAGACUCACAGGAAACAACCAGGGAGAGAAAUGUUCACUAUUCCUUCUGCUUUGCCUACUUUUACACGUUUUGCCCUGAAGUCACUUGGUCAAAAAACAGUAUGCACAUUGCAAGAGGCAGACUUUGAGGUGGCUGCAUAUGGUUUGCAACAUAACUGCAUGGGGAUUCUUGGGCAAGAUAGUGACUAUCUCAUCUAUAACACAUGCCCCUACUUUUCCAUUGAGAAGCUCCAUUUGGACAGGCUGGUCACUGUUAUGUACUCUCGAGAAGAUCUUUGUCGUGCGUUGGGUCUUAGUUUGACACACCUCCCUCUUUUUGCUAGCUUACUUGGCAAUGAUGUUGUUCCAGAAAGCUUGUUGGAAGGUUUUUGGCAAAAAUGUUUAGUCACCAGUCCCUGCAGGAAUAGUGGCUACAACAGAAGAACAAACAUACUUCUGGCUGUAGCAAAUUACAUCUCAAAACUUCCGUGCUCGUACAGCAGCCUGAAACACUUGGAAGAGAUGCUGCCUUUGGGAUCAGACAAGACAUUACUCUCCCAAGGAGUGGAGUCCUAUAUUUUGCCUGGACAGCACUCUCCAUGGAUUCUUCCCAACAUAACAAAUUGUCAAAUGUUCCCCCUUCAACAACAAACAGCCAUGUGUCAAGAUAAGGAAAUCUUUCAGUUAGCUAAAGAACAGCAUAUCCAAUCUGAAAAUUACACAAUCUUCAAUAUCCUGAGUAAUGGAGAGAUUAAGUGCAGCAACUCUUUGGAAGAUGAAUGUGAUAGAGAGAUUCCUGGACAGGCACUUAUCUACCGCCCUGCUCGUCAGCAUAUUUAUUCUGUCUUGUUGGAAUCUGGAAAAGAUGGAGACUAUCCUGUGGUAAAAGAGUGGUUUGUCUAUUUUGGAAAUCCCCUUCGGCAGCCAGAGCUGAUAAAACCUGUACAACCUUCUAUACCAGGUGGAACACCUAGUUUGAAGACACUGUGGUUUGCCAAAGGACCUGACGUGGAAAAGCAACGGUAUAGAACAUUUCUGGCAUGCUUUCACCUUCAGGAUGAAAUGGAAGAGCUUCAAGCUCUAGAAGCACCUGUUGCAGCAUUCUGCUGCUUGCUGGCCUAUCUUAUGAUGCAGGUCAGUAGCCUCUCUCUGGAGGACUUAAAUGCAUUUGUGGCACUCAUUCUCUGCCUCAAAGGGAAGUCAGCUGCUCAACUGGCAGGUUUGCAGCUUGCACAAGUGGACUCCAGAGCUGUACAUCUUGGCGCUGUCAUUGUUCGUGGCCUUACAACUUUGCUCAUGGCCAAUAGUGCCUGUGGCUUUCCAUUCAGAAUGGAUGAUUUGAUGCCUUGGGAAGUGUUUGAUGGAAAACUUUUUCAAGAAAAAUAUCAGCGAUCGCACCGAGGUUGUUCUAUGGAAGAGCUUUUGGAAGGCAAUGAGUCUUUAUACACACCCUUCCAGAAUCUGAAGUCUUUCAUUUGCAAGGUUUGCAUGGCGAAGAAAAGAAUAAUACAGAGCAGACCAAGGGGGAAUGGAUUUUUCACAGGAACACGACAAAGAGAAUAUAAUCCCAGGUUCCAACAAACACACAGAAGUUCUUUUGUUCCUCCAUACCAUAACCAGAUGAGGGGCUUUUCACGGAGAAAUCAUCAACCACAAGGUAGAGAAUAUGGAUCGGGACAUCCAGACUACAGGAGAAGAUUCCACCUUCCUCCUUGAUCACCCAGGUGACCCCGCUCGUUACUGAAGGCAGAUGAAAAUGGAUAAGAGAAGAAGCUGGUUUUUUUAUGAAAUGCUGUAUGCUGAAGAUCAUAAAAACUUCAUCAGUAUUUCAAAAAUGGUGGUGGGAAGGCUCUAAUCAGAAAUUUGUCAUGCCUUAUUUUAAGUUCCAUUUUAGCCUAUAGCUUAGAGAAGUAAAUCAUGGAAUAUUGUGAAACAACUAUUAUAUAAUUUAGGUUCCAGAUAGUAUUGUUUGGAGGACUUCACAAAAACCUUGCUGACACAAUUAUGAAAAAUGGUCAUUAAAAAUUAUGUUUAAAAAGUAAAGGCCAGUCCUGUGUAUUGAGGAAAGCUAUACAUUUAAUUUAAUUAAUUCAUCUGGUUCUGUUGCAAAACAAUUAUGUGUUUGCUGUUAAACUUUUAUGCUUAUAUGAGGCUGAAAGUGGCCAUUCUCAGACAAAAUGUGUGCUUCUAAAGUCUUUAGAACCAUGUCAUAGUUGAAAAAUGUUACUUUUCUUACUUUCAUACUUCCUCAGUCUCAGAGAAUGAGAAAACAGUAACUAAAACAUUCCAGGAAGUCAUAAAAUUAGUUUAUAUGUACAAAAGGCUACAGCUUUAAUGUCCUGUUAUUUGGGGGUGUUUCAGAGCUGAGUGAGGAAAAAGCAUUAUUUUUAUAUUCCAAAGAGCAAAUUUAGCUCUAAUUUUGAAAUAGAUUUUUAGAAGAAGUACUAUAGCUAUAGUAAAACUUAUAUUGAUCCUUAUGGUACAGUGAUUACUGAUUUAAACUCUGGUUUUAGUCCAUUAUUAUUCAGUUAAUGUUGUUUCUUAGGCCUUGUGCAGGUAACUCCUUUGAGUCAAUUGUCAGUGGAACUUAGUUCCUAUUUAGUAUGCACGUUAUGUCAAAGUGAACAGUAUUGUCAGACAUACGUAACUCAAUACUAUAAUUUCCUUGCAUGGAUUUUUCUUUUUUUAACCCAAUAAAUAUAUUUUUUCAUAUUCUGCAUAUAGCAACAGUCCAGCUAAAGAAAUAAAUUGGCAACAAUACAGGAUUUCUAGUUCUAGUAAAGGUUUGAACAGACACGAUUUUCACACAAUGUAGUGUCUGAUUUGCGUUCCAGGGAUCCUGUCAUGGGAGUGACAUUCCUGCUUCCUUUUUCUAUUGAUUUGUCACUGACUGUAAUUGUGCUACCACCUUUUUUAAUUUUUUUUUUUUACCUCCUCAGACAUUUUAGAAUAAUGUGGUCUGAGUUUUAUGGAAAGUCCUCUAGUUUCAGGAAUCUCAUGAUGUAUAAUAGUGUAUUCGAAAAGAAUGUAACUGUGUGCCAGAAGUUUUUGGUAAUUCCUUCUUCAGGCUAUGAUAUGAGAAAAGUUUUCUGUUGGCCUCAAUAAACAAAGUUAAAUACA